CAACUCUAAAUCAUCCAACAAACUUUGAAAAAUCUCAAAUCUUGAAAUCCUAAGAUCUAAAGAUGACUUCUUUUUCUUGUACCAAGAUACUAUUUGUGAUAUGUGUUAUGGUUAGUGCUUUUGGUGUGGCAAUUGGAGGUAAAUUCAAUGAAGAAUUUGAAAUAACAUGGGGUGAUGGCAGAGCAAAAAUACUCAAUAAUGGAGACCUUUUAACUCUAUCACUUGAUAGAAUAUCUGGUUCUGGUUUUCAAUCCAAGAAUGAAUAUCUCUUUGGUAAAAUAGACAUGCAGCUCAAACUUGUCCCUAACAACUCUGCUGGCACUGUCACUGCUUACUAUUUGUCAUCACAAGGACCAACACAUGAUGAGAUAGAUUUUGAGUUCUUGGGGAAUUUAAGUGGUGAUCCUUAUACUUUGCACACAAAUGUAUUUAGUCAAGGCAAAGGUGACAGAGAGCAGCAGUUUCAUCUAUGGUUUGAUCCAACUGCUGAUUUCCACACCUAUUCUAUCACCUGGAAUCCACAACGCAUCAUAUUUUAUGUGGAUGGAACACCAAUUAGAGAAUACAAGAAUGCAGAACCAAUUGGAGUGUCAUAUCCCAAAAACCAACCAAUGAGGAUAUACUCAAGUCUAUGGGAUGCAGAUGAUUGGGCAACAAGAGGCGGACUUGUGAAAACUGAUUGGAGUCGAGCACCUUUUAGUGCUUCAUACAGAAACUUCAAUGCAAAUGCUUGUAUUCCCAAUUCUCCAUCUUCAUCUUGCAAUUCUAAUUCAGCAACUUCAACAAGCAAUUCAUGGUUGAAUGAAGAGUUGGAUAACACAAGCCAAGAAAGGCUGAAAUGGGUGCAGAAGAAUUAUAUGGUUUAUAAUUACUGCACUGAUACUAAGAGGUUUCCACAAGGAUUUCCAGCAGACUGUUCAAAAUAACUGAGCAUUUACAGUAAAAAAAAUAAUAAUUAGUAAUAUAGUAGUAUUCUUUAUUUGUGAUCUGUAUAAGCUAUUGUAAUGAUUCUUUUAUUUUUUUGAAGAUUAGAAACAGUUUUGAGUAAUGAAAAUGAUAUAUUCUUUUAUAAGCA